UUGUAUUUACUUCACGUGUUCUUAAUAAUUGUUAUUUCAAAGUUAUUUUGUAUUGUAGUUGUCUGAUGAAAUGGCUAAAAUAAAAAAGAAUCAAACAUCACAUAAGCCUAAAAAGGUAGUAAAGAAAUACAAACAGAAAACGAAACCCGGAAAUAUUAAGAAAACUAAAAAAAUUACUCAGGAAUUUGAAUCGGUUCCUAUAAAUGACACUGAUCUUAAUAACGUCGAAGAAUCUUCAAAUAGCGAAUUGUUAAAUAGUGACAAUGAUGAAAAUAACAUAUUGUCAGAUCUAGAAGAUGAACCGGUGGAGAACGAUAGUGAUAAUGAAAGCGAAGAUGAGGCCAAGAAACAUAAAAGGGAUCUAGAGAAGCUUAAAGAAAGUGAUCCAGAGUUCUAUAAAUUUCUGCAAGAGAAUGAUAAAAAAUUGUUAGACUUUAAUUUGUCGGAUGAGGGGAGCGACGAUGAUGAGCAGGAAGACAAAGAUGUUAAAAGUGUGCAUAAACCAAGUGACACAUUAGAUGUGGCAAGUGAUGAGAGUGAUUUUGAGGAUGAAGGUGAUGAGAAGCCAAAAGAUGAGAGUGUUAUUACGUUGAAGAUGUUAAAAAAAUGGCAGUCAGAGAUACAAACAGAUAAAAGUAAUAAAACUAUUACCACCCUGACACAAGCGUUUCAUGCAGCCCUUUUCACGAUUUCAUCUCGUGAGGAAGAUGAUGAACCGUCACACUAUAAAGUUGAAGGAUCUGCUGUUUUUAACGGAGUCAUCCAACUUUGUGUACUUGAACUCGGACCAGCCAUUAGAAAGUUCUUGGGUCUGCAGCAUGGUUGGAAACAGCCACCGCAUAAAUGCAAAAAGUUCAUCAAAAUAAAACGUUCGUUGAAGUUUUAUUUUACGGACCUCUUAAAAUUGUUGCUGUGCGUAACCUCUUCAAACAUACAAACUGUCCUUUUGAAGCACCUGCAUUACAUGUCUACCUUGCUCGUUUCUUAUCCAAACAUAACCAAGUCCUUAAUUAAAAGGUUGAUAACGUUAUGGGCAACGGCCGACGAUGCUGUCCGCGUGAUCGCGUUCUUCUGCAUCUUACGGAUCACCAACAACCAACAGGGCAGUAUCCUAGACACUGUUUUAAAAUCCAUGUACUUGGCGUACGUAAAAAAUUCCAAAUUCGUCAGUUUGAACGGUCUGGCCGCCAUAAACUUCAUGAGACGUUCUCUGGUGGAGAUGUUCGCUUUGGACACCAACGUGUCGUAUCAGCACGUAUUUCUGUACAUCAGGCAGCUGGCCAUCCAUCUGAGAAACGCAAUAACCGUAAAUAAAAAGGAAAAUAUCCAGUCGGUUUACAACUGGCAGUUUAUUAACUCGCUUCGGCUUUGGGGUAACUUGUUGACAGUGGCAUAUAAUAAGACGCACAUGCAACAGUUGGUGUAUCCGUUCGUGCAGAUCUGUCUGGGAACGGUAAAGUUGAUACCGACCGCUCAGUACUAUCCGCUGCGUUUCCACGUCGUUCAAAUUUUAAUCGAUCUGGGAAGGGACACUGGCGUCUUCAUUCCCGUUUUGCCCUUUUUGCUCGAGGUAUUAACCUCGUACGACUUCAACAAGAAACACCAAAAAGUCUCGAUGAAACCACUGCAUUUCACCUGCCUGCUGCGGCUGUCAAAAUCGCAGCUCCAAGAGAACGGAUUUAAAGACACCGUUAUCGAAACCAUUUAUGGUCAGUUGUUGGAAUACCUAACGGCCCAAUCCCACAGCAUAGCCUUUCCGGAUCUCACACUUCUCUGCGUAAUUCAGAUUAAACAGUUUUUGAAAAAGUGCAAAAACUCGAACUACAACAGGAAACUCAAGCAGGUACUGGAAAAAAUCGAACAAAACUGUCAGUUCAUAGAAAGCCAAAGGGCCAAGACCACGUUCAACAUUACCGAUUUCAAACAGAUCGAGGGGUGGGAGACGCAGCUGAAGAACAAGGGAACCCCUCUAGCCGCCUACUUCGAAAGCUGGAAUAAACUGAGGACCGUUAAGAAGAAUAAACAGCUGACGAAUAACGACCAGCUGGGAGAUUAUAAGCUCCCGACGAUAAAUAAGUUUAAACGAAGAGAAAGUAAGAAAUCUGACGGGAAGGUGGAGCUAUUUCCGAGUGACUCCGAAGAUGAGAGUGAAGAGAAUAAGAAUAAGAAGCCCAGGAGAGGUAAAAGAGGCGGUAAGAAAAUUAACAAGAGGAUAGUAGACGAAAGUGGGCCGGUAGACGACGGAGGUCAGAGAGAUAUCGUAGAAGAUAUAAAAAUGGAUGAUUGGUGAUUUGUUUUGUAAUAAUUGUAAUUUAACUAUUUUUAAAUAAAUUUUUGUUCAAUAUAA